CAACCACCAACAGGUAUUCUAGCUAUGGAUUUUUUAUUAGUCUUUUUUAACAUAUACUUUUUUACCCAGACCUUCACCAUUGAAUAUCAUUUUCUAACAUACAAGUGGAAUGGUAGGCAUGUAGGAGAAUUGUUUUAGCUCAUGGCCCCAUGUGGUGAACCACGCACAUACAAAAUAAUUAUUUUUACUGCAGCCAGUGGAGUCGAGAUAUGAGAAGCUAUGCUGUGUCACACACCCUCUACGUCAGACUACUCUUGCCUCAAACUUUUCUCCCUCAUUCCCUUCACUCACGGCUGUCACCUUCUCCUGUAAAGUUGCCCCGGUAGAAUGAAGGAGGACAUUCUUGAAAUGAGUAGUAGAACGAAUGAGAAAUUCCGUUUACACAAAGGAUUCGAUAGAAAAUAUUUGCACAGGUAGACUUCCACUGCAGCCUUUCACUCAAGAUGGCCAGCCAGAACAAAUGCUACCAUGAUGAGCCAAUGAGCUUCUUCUACAACAACAGCAACCAGACCAAAGACGACUGGAACUCCACACAGCUCAUUCUGGUACAAGUUGUAGGCUCCCUCUUCUGCUGCUUUAUCCUGGUGUCCAACGCCAUGGUCAUUGCCGCCAUCAUCACCAACAAGAGGUUCCACUACCCGUUCUACUAUCUCCUUGCCAACCUGGCCGCUUCAGACUUCCUCGCUGGAAUAGCCUACGUAUACCUCAUGUUCAACACCGGGACGGUGUCCAGGAAACUAACCGUGAGGGGCUAUUUCAUUCGUCAAGGGCUUCUGGACACCAGUCUCUCAGCCUCUCUGGCGAACUUGCUAGUGAUCGCCUUGGAGCGCUACAUCUCUGUGAUGAACUGGAAGGUCCACAGUAACUUGACCAAGCGGCGGGUGACCAUGCUCAUUGUGCUGGUGUGGGCCAUCUCUAUCUUCAUGGGCACCGUGCCCAGCCUGGGGUGGAACUGCAUCUGCAACCUUCAGGACUGCUCCCAGCUGGCGCCCAUCUUCAGCCGGAGCUACCUGAUUUUCUGGUCCGUGUCCAACCUGGUUUUGUUCCUGGUCAUGGUGUCCAUCUACCUGCGGAUUUACACCUACGUCAAGAGGAAAACGGCGGUGCUCAGCCCGCACACCAGCGGCUCCAUCAACCGCAAGAGGACACCCAUCAAGCUCAUCAAGACAGUCAUGACUGUGUUAGGGGCGUUUGUGAUCUGCUGGACGCCGGGCCUGGUGGUGCUGCUGCUAGACGGCCUCCAUUGCCAGCAGUGCGAGGUGAUGCUCUUUAAGCGCUGGCUCCUCCUGCUGGCAGUACUCAACUCGGUCAUGAACCCUGUCAUCUACUCUUACAAGGAUGACGAGAUGUGGACCACCUUCAAGAACCUGCUUCGCUGCGUGGGCAAUGGCACCCGGCGCCAGCGCUCGUCCAGGGCCAACGCCCGGCCCCUCAGCUCAGCCCAGGAGACGGGCACCACGCCGCAGACCUCUGAGGAGAAGGAGACCACCAAGGACUCGGACGCCCAGGAGAUGCUCAAGGCCUGAACCAAGACCUGAGGCAAGCAAGGCCGUUGUGGGAGUGUCACUACAAGUGGAUGUAAAGAGACAUAUAAAGACACAGAUGGGUCUUCUAUGGUCCAAUGUUGUCUUCAGUGUAGCUGACUGGUUUAAGGGCAGCUCAAACUGGGUCUGGACCUUAGUGGAGGAUUCCUAGAGGAGUGAAGGGCCAUCCCUACUCUGCCCAAUAUGGGAUAUUAGCCUGCAAACUAAGGGGGCAACAACAGUAUAUCCAAAUGGCUGAAGAAAGAUGUUGUGAUAUGAAGUAGACAGUGGUAUAACGGUACAUUUCCUGUUUUUACCUCAAUAGUUUUUUUAUGAUCUUGAAAAGAGUAACUGAUGCCUUUUCCACCAUAUAACCUUUAAGUCUCAUGGAUUUUUUUCAUCAGGGUAUUAAUCUUGCCCUUAUUUCCUUUUGAAAACAGAGUACUGUACUUGACGAAAUAGCAUUGUUCUUGGUUUUCAAUUCUCAUUGUUCCUAUUUUUGAUACACACAGGGAAUCAUAAUCUACUGUAUUUGGCUGCUAACAUCCCUGAAUGUUGUGUUAAUGAAUUGACAAAUUCCUUUCUAAUGGAAGGAAAAUGUGUGUCUCUCAACUAGAAUAGAUAGCACUAGUCCCAAUUUUCUCCCUUCCCCUUGCUCUUGUCCCUUACCUUAAAAUGUUUGCAGAUCUGAAGUGUCAGUGUAGUGGUGGAGCGUCCACCAUUUUGUGUGCCUACAAUCUGCUAACAUCGAAGGAUUCGGGCCAAUGGGUUAAUGAGGGACGAUUAUUUGGAAACAUGUCAAACUUUUCUAAUGUCAAACUGCCCUAGAUACACAGUACAUGGCUAUUGGCACAACUGUCAUUUUAAAGGAAGACAAUUAAAUCCACCUUGCUUUGACAAUUAGUGGUCCAUGCAGUACCCCAAAAGGAAGUCAUUUCUUUUGCCAGAUGCAUCAUCAGUAUAGCUGUCACUCCCUUUAACACUACUACAUGUACAGUGCAUUGACUUUUUUCAAAUUUUGUUGAUACAAAGUGGAGUUAAUUUCAUAGUCUUUAUUUUUCAAUGAUCUACACAAAAAUAAAAUAUUAAUGGAAAAUUAAA